AUGGAGAACCCGCUAGCUGAUGCGUUGGACAACCUCUCGUGGCAGUUUGGUCUGACGGCAGCCCACCCGCUCCGUCAGGAGAUUAAGCUUGUGGGCGAGAGCUACCAGGCGAUCCAGGCGUAUCUUAAGCUCAUAGAGAACGAUAUCGACGGAUUGGAGCAACUAGCACGGCGUCAACAAGCAACAAGAUUAAGGAUUAAAUCUCAGGAAAUCACGGCUAAGGCUAGACCACCACCACAAAUUAACAAUUUACACAACCAGCAGUACCGGCCGUCGCCGCUCUCUCAGGCGGUGGGGCGCCGAAAUUAA